GAGAUCAUUCCAUUAAUGGCACGAUCGGAAUCCACUGGAACCGCCUUUUGGUGUCUUAGUUGGGCCGCUAGGGGGCUCCGACCCGAACCUAUAAAUGACUUUGCCGCCGCGGUUCUCCGCCCUCUCGAGCGGCCUUUACCGAUGAACCGCCCGACCUCGCGCUUCUCUGACGAUCGUCGGCGCUUGGCCAUGUUGCACAGUGCUAGCGGUGGUCAUUUGAGCCGAGAGUUCCAUGAUUUCAAGAAGAGCGCCGCUCCGUCGAGGAUCCUGUUUUAUAGGGAUGGGGCGUGGACCAACUUCUCCCCGGCGGCCACCGUCGCCCUCCGAGCGCACUUCGUUGCGGGUAAGACUUCCUUCAAGCUCCCCAUCGCCGGAUCUUGCUACCUGUUCGACUUCCGCUCGAUGUCGCAGACCGACACCGACACCAACGUGGCGAAUUCCAUCGCCUGGGUCGACGCGCACGGCCGGUGCGUCUUCCCGACCUCGGCGAUCGGGAAUCAGAAUCUCCCGCCGCCGCCGCCUAUCCCGUUGCGCGAAUCGCCGGCUGAGUCGGCGGAUGGCGAUUCCGAGGGAUCCACGGCGACGAGUUUGGGGCGAGCGGGGUGGAAUGGGGCGGAGCCGUGCAGGGAGGGCGAUAAGUAUUUUACGCCGGUAGCGAGUUGGUUUCUAAAGGACUACCGGAGAUAUGCUCCGACCGUCGUCAUCACCGCCAUCCACAGGUGCACGAUAUCGGCUUCCCGGUCGAAGGCAUUCCAGCUCCAGGAGCAGAUGACGAAGGCCGCCCGCGGCGACGCCAACAUCAAGGCCUCCUGGUACGGGGCGUCGGCGGAAGAAGUGGCCGCCGUCGUCUCCCACGGUUUCGGUAAGCCAGCAAAUGCCCGCCCGGGCUCGCCGGUCGGCGGCUUCGGCCUUCAUCUCUCUGCCCUGCCAUUUUCGCACUCGAGUGCUGUGGAGGCCAAUUCCAGCGACGGCGAGCGGCACAUGUUGCUUUGCAGAGUGAUACUGGGGAGACCGGAGAAGGUGAACACUGCGUCGGAGGAGCAGCACCACCCCAGCAGCGACGAGUUCGAUAGCGGCGUCGACGACACUGCAAAUCCCAAGCACUACGUAGUCUGGAGCACUCACAUGAACACGCACAUAAUCCCCGACUUCAUCGUCAGCUACAAGAUCCCCAACCGGCCGAGAUCGGCGGCCAACUCUGCUCCGAGGCUCAUGUUUCUUCUGCUACUUGCAGAGAUGAGGAGAUUGCUUCCUUCGUGGAUGAUGAGGAUUGCAGAGGAUUUCUACAAGCAGUAUCAGGAAAGAAAGAUUAGCAAAGAGGUUUUUAUCAGAAACAUUAGGGGAUUGGUGGGCGACAAGCUACUAGUUUUUAUUGUAAAGAUCAUCAGAAGAAGACAUUGAAGGAAGCUUCAAUCAAGCAUUGGCAUGGAGUCUAAACAUGAUCCUUACUGUGUGAUGUGUUAUUCAACGUGAGAAAGUCCCAUGUAGUCUUUCUAAUACUUGUUAAGAUCAAAGAUUCCUGAUUUAUGAACUUGUUAUAAAUUUUGUAUGAGUUCGAUAAAUAUAUUCUUCCAAACAUAUGAUGAGGGUUCGGAAGAAUUCUCCUUCUAAGUGGCCAUGAGAGAAAGCAACUUACCAAUACUUCAGAAGUGGCGACCGAAACAUCUAGCGCCACUUGGUUAAACCACUUGAUGUAAGUUCAUAGGAAUUCCUUGCCCCCAUGCUUGAGUGU